GCCCACACUAGUAGAGUUAAAAAAUUAAGCUCCUAAGCCCCAACCCUAAACCCCAACACCCUCCUUCUGCUCGGAUUCUGCCGUUCGUCUUCAUCCCUUCCAACUGCGUUCGCUUUUAUCUUCGUCUUGCAUAUAGCAAUGACUCGCGGCAUAAAACAUCGCCAAAAGGCAAAAAGCAAGAGCAAGAAACGGAGCGAGUCGUCUUCUUCGUCUUUGCCGCCGCCACAGGUUCCAGUUAAAGUGUGGCAACCUGGUGUGGACAAGUUGGAGGAAGAUGAAGAGCUUCAGUGCGAUCCUUCUGCUUACAACUCUCUUCAUGCUUUUCAUAUUGGAUGGCCUUGUCUUAGCUUUGAUAUUGUACGUGACACUCUGGGCUUAGUUCGGACAGAGUUUCCACACACAGUGUAUUUCAUGACAGGGACACAGGCUGAGAAACCUUCUUGGAAUUCCAUUGGGAUUUUUAAAGUUUCCAAUAUUACUGGGAAGAGACGUGAGCUGGUGCCCAAACAUAAAACUGAUGACACUGGAGUGGAUGGUGAGGAUAGUGAUAGUGAGGAUGAUAGUGAAGACGAAGAAGAAGGUGGUGCUGGGGGUCCUACUUUGCAGUUGCGGAAGGUAACUCACGAAGGCUGUAUCAACCGGAUACGCUCCAUGACACAAAAUCCUCAUAUAUGUGCAACUUGGGCAGAAUCUGGUCACGUCCAGAUCUGGGACAUGAGCUCUCAUCUCAAUAGUCUAGCAGAGACAGAAACGGAAGGUAUCCAAGGAGUUGAUGUAGUUCAGGCUCCACUACAAAAAUUUAAGCACAAAAAUGAAGGCUUUGCUAUAGACUGGAGUCCUCUUGUUCCAGGAAGGCUAGUAUCUGGGGAUUGCAAUAAUAGUAUUUAUCUGUGGGAGCCUACUUCUGCUGCUACAUGGAAUAUUGACCAAACUCCUUUUACUGGACAUACUGCUAGUGUUGAAGAUCUGCAAUGGAGCCCUACUGAACCUCAUGUUUUUGCUUCUUGCUCUGUGGAUAAAAGCAUUGCAAUAUGGGAUACUCGGUUGGGGAAGUCGCCAGCUGCGUCUUUUAAAGCACAUAAUGCUGAUGUGAAUGUAAUAUCAUGGAACAGGUUGGCCAGUUGUAUGUUGGCGUCAGGGAGUGAUGAUGGGACUAUAUCUAUUCGGGAUCUCAGAUUGCUCAAGGAAGGAGAUUCUGUGGUAGCACAUUUUGAAUACCAUAAGCAUCCAAUCACAUCCAUUGAGUGGAGUCCACAUGAAGCUUCUUCAUUGGCUGUUUCAUCCUCUGAUAAUCAGCUUACAAUAUGGGACCUUUCUUUAGAGAAGGAUGAGGAAGAGGAGGCUGAAUUUAAAGCUAUAACCCAAGAACAAGUAAAUGCUCCUGCAGAUCUGCCUCCCCAACUGUUGUUUAUUCACCAGGGACAGAAAGACCUCAAAGAACUACAUUGGCACACACAGAUUCCUGGAAUGAUAGUAUCUACUGCAGCUGAUGGAUUCAAUAUCCUUAUGCCUUCAAAUAUUCAGAGCACCCUGCCAUCAGACAGUGCUUGAUGCAUGGCAACACUGUUCAGUUUUCAAGCACAUUAUCUGCGAUAGGCAUUGCAGUUUUAGUUUGGAUAUGGUGUUCCGCGGUGCAAACAUUCGGAAUCCAAGUAAUGGAAAAGAAAUUUUGCUGUUUUAUUUGAGUUUACUGUUCUAUUCAUUUCCUUAUCUCCUUGUGCUAAGUUUUGUAAUAUUUGAGCUGAGCGUUUUCACACGGUGGUGGAAGCUAAGCAGAUAUAUUAUUAUAAUUUAUGCACACUUUGCUUGCAUAAAGUUUCUUUUCUAUGUGA